UUCUAGGACCCCUACGCGACUUGCGUCAAGCGACGUCAAGCUGUUUAAGGACCCCAAGAUGUCCAUGCUUGCUGAGCCCCGCAGGAAACAGAAGUGGUCUGUUGACCCGAGGAACAGCGCCUGGAGUAAAGAUGAGUCCAAAUUCGGCCACAAGAUGCUGGAGCGAAUGGGCUGGUCCAAGGGCAAGGGCCUGGGCAGAAGUGAGCAGGGCUCCACUGACCACAUCAAAGUUAAAGUUAAAAACAACCACUUUGGUCUCGGAACCAAUGCCAGCCAGGAGGAUAACUGGAUCGCACACCAAGAUGAUUUCAACGAGCUUCUUGCUCAACUGAACAACUGCCAUGGUCAAAACAACAACCCUGCACCUCCACCACCAGAGGAGCCGAAAGGCUUCAGCUUGGAGGAGAAGUCCAAGACCUCCAAAAAGAGGGUCCAUUACAUGAAGUUCACUAAAGGAAAAGACCUGUCCUCCCGUAGUGAAACAGACCUCAACUGCAUCUUUGGGAAGAGAGGAAGAUCUACCAAUCAACAAGAGCAGGAGAGCAACAGCAGUGAUUCUCAGGGUGAGACGGAGGAGACUUUCACUCCUGCUGCCUUUGAACUGGAUACAGAGACCAUCACCAAUACUGUGAAAAGUACUCUCACUAUGCAGGAGUACUUUGCACAGCGAAUGGCUCAGUUGAAGGAGGCUCGUGGACAAGGGCGGAGUACAGCACCCUCAACGGAGACCAACGAGACAUCCGGUCCAUCUGAUGAACCCAGUCCCGUCCUCGUCAUCGACGACUCGGAAGAGCCCAAAAAGAAAAAGAAGAAGAAGAAGAAUAAGAAGAGCAAAAAGUCAGCAGAUGACCUAGAGGUGGUAGAAGAGAACAGUACCGCCGCUCCCAUCAUCCUAAUAGAGGACGAUGAGGACGGACAGCAGGAGUGUUCGGGUAAAAAGAAGAAGAAGAGGAAAGUGGAAGAAAGCGAUGGCGCUACAAAUGAGAACUGUAGCUCCACCUCUGGUGUGGAGCAGGACUGUGAGGAGCUGCCUCCUUCCAAGAAGAAGAAGAAGCUUAAAAAACACCAUCAGGACACUGAGCUACUAAAUGGACACGGGCUAACUGAGGAUCAAACUGUUGAAUCUGAGGUUGUUCACAAAAAGAAGAAGAAAAACAACAGAGAGGAGGUGGACGAUGUAGCCAAGGAGGAGCAGGUAGUGAAGAAAUCCAAGAAAAACAAGAAAAAGAAACGUCAAGAAUAGGAUGGAAUUGAUAGAAAUUGGCCUCCAAUGCCAUAAGUCCUUAAUGCUUUAUGGGACUUCGUACUUUUCCUAUUAUAAAUAUGACCAUGGCGACGCGUGUUUGGAGAAAUUGCCUUUUCCGAGCAAGUCAAAUGUCUUGUACAGAUACAAUCUUAUAACCUACUCAAAGAACACUUGAAGCUUCAGAGCUAAUCCACAAACUUGUACUGUCGACAUUGUUGUGUCAGGUGGUAAAAUGCCUAGACUUACAGAAAAAGUUAAACAUUUUUGGGAAAUACACUUAUUGACUUCCAUGUUACUUUAAGACAGAGCCAGGCCAGUGGUUUCCCCGUUUUCAGUCUUAAUGCAGAGCUAAGCUAUCCAGCUGUAGCUUCAUAUUUGACGGAGAGACAAAAAACACAAAUCUUUUGUCUAACCAACUCAUCACUAUUUAUUUAGCAUUCACAGUAAAUUGUAUUUUCUCGCAAGCAAUUAGUUUUCACUACCUAAUUCCAAUUAUUUUUGUCAAUUUUGUAUAAACGGAAGCCCACACACAUUAGUCUCCUUGAUGUGAUAUGACUUGACAAAUAUGAACUGAUGAAAUUUGAGGAUGUUUUGCUAGAAAUCUGAAAAACGUUUUUUCUGACACUUCAUGAGCUGUAAGAAAACAGGCUUCGAUUUGGAGCUUUAACCAGAUGAAAUCACUUUUUAAAAUAAAUCCAAAUAG